GUGGGGCAAUAAAGGGGGUUGACGAAGAAGAGACGGUUGUGCCUCAGGAAGAGGUGGUUGGAGCCUCUGCUGAAACAGGAAUUGAAGGUGAAAAGGCGGAGGAUAAAGAGGGAGAGGAAGCGGCAGCACCAGAAGAAGAAGCGUCUGCUGCCGAACCCCCUCCGGCUGCUACAGCAAAAGCAGGGACGCGAGAGGAGACCCCAGCACUCCUCAAACCUAAGCCCAAAGCAAAGCCCCGCCGUGCAGUCAGUCCGGCAGCAAAGAGGGCCCCAAAGAGCACUCCUGCUUUCUUCACAGGAAAGGCAGCUGGGCUUCCUCCUCCUCCUAAGGAGUCAUGUGUGGGCCCCCCUCCUGCAGUGCCCGAGCCUGGGGCCCCAGUAGGCCUCGGUGCUUACCUGGUGUACACAGAAGAAGAAGGGGGAAGGCUGAAGGGCCAGUGGAGCAAAUCACCCCUUAUAGGAGCGGGUGUUCUCGCCUACCUCCGUCCUGGAAAAGAAAUAGCUGACUACAAGUUCGAAAAAAAAUCCGCCAUUGAAAUCUACGCAACUGACUGCGAGACCUGCAUGGCCAGUGAGUUUCCUGCAGACAGAGAGAAGUUCUACGAGGGAUGGGCGGCUUUUUACAAGCUGCUUUCUGCGCAUGGCGGAAGCAUCGUGCUGCUACCAGCAGCAGCAGCAGAACCUCCCCCAAAAGUGAAAGUUGUGCUGUUCAAUAAGGGCAAGCUCAGCAUUGUGGAAGUUGGGCAAGAAGUGAGUGCUGCUUCAUUCGAAAGUUUGGCAAUUGUUCCCGCCAACGCCACGAAGUUCGAUGCCAAGGAAAUGAACCACUCCGACUUCGCUACACUUGCAAAGUCUCAAGGCGCAUAUGUCAGCAUCACCAAGUAA